AUGUCGUUCGGAGGCCAGACCCCGACCAUCAUCGUCCUCAAAGAAGGGACCGACACCUCGCAGGGCAAAGGCCAGAUCGUCUCCAACAUCAAUGCGUGUCUGGCGGUCCAGGCCACCAUCAAGUCGACUCUGGGUCCCUAUGGUGGUGAUUUGUUGAUGGUGGACCAGAAUGGCAAGCAGACGAUUACAAAUGAUGGCGCGACGGUCAUGAAGCUCCUCGACAUCGUCCACCCCGCCGCCCGCAUCCUCGUCGACAUCGCACGGUCACAAGACGCAGAGGUCGGAGACGGAACCACAUCCGUCGUUGUCCUGGCGGGAGAGAUCCUCAAGGAGGUCAAGGAGCAUGUCGAACAGGGUGUCAGCUCACAGAUCAUCAUCAAGGGUCUGAGGAGGGCAGUCCAGAUGGCCGUCAACAAGAUCAAGGAGAUUGCUGUCAGCACCGACGACGGCAGCCAGCGCGAUACCCUGAGCAAGCUGGCCGCCACCGCCAUGACGAGCAAGCUGAUUAAGCGAAACACUGAGUUUUUCACAAAGAUGGUGGUUGACGCCGUCCUAUCACUCGACCAAAACGACCUAAACGAAAAGUUGAUUGGCAUCAAGAAGAUCCCCGGCGGCUCCCUGACCGAAUCCCGCUUCGUCAACGGCGUUGCCUUCAAGAAGACGUUUGCCUACGCCGGUUUCGAGCAGCAGCCCAAGUCCUUCAAGAAGCCCAAGAUUGUCUGCCUAAACGUCGAGCUGGAGCUCAAGGCCGAAAAGGAUAACGCCGAGGUCCGCGUCGAGCAGGUGUCAGAAUACCAGGCCAUCGUCGACGCCGAGUGGCAGAUUAUCUACCAGAAGCUCGAGGCCGUCGCCAAGACCGGUGCCAAGGUCGUGCUCAGCAAGCUUCCCAUUGGUGACCUGGCCACCCAGUACUUUGCCGACCGAGACAUCUUCUGUGCCGGCCGCGUCGCCUCCGAGGACAUGGAGCGUGUCACCCAGGCCACUGGCGCCGUCACCCAGUCAACAUGCUCAGACAUCCUGCCCGAGCACCUGGGAACCUGCGAGGCCUUUGAGGAGAGACAGAUUGGAGGCGAGAGAUACAACUUCUUCGAGGGCUGCCCCGAGGCCAAGACGUGCACUCUGGUCCUGCGUGGUGGUGCCGAGCAGUUCAUUGCCGAGGUUGAGCGAUCACUCCACGACGCCAUCAUGAUCGUCAAGCGAGCCGUCAAGAACCGAACCAUUGUCGGCGGUGGUGGUGCCGUCGAGAUGGAGAUCUCGGCCUACCUGCACCAGUUCGCCGACAAGAACAUCCCGCACAAGCAGCAGGCCAUCAUCAAGUCCUUCGCCAAGGCCCUCGAGAUCAUCCCCCGCCAGCUGUGCGACAACGCCGGCUUCGACGCCACCGACAUCCUCAACAAGCUCCGCGUGGAGCACCGCAAGGGCAACACCUGGGCCGGCGUCGACUUCCAGAACGAGGGCACCGCCGACAUGCUGGAGCGCUUCGUCUGGGAGCCUGCCCUGGUCAAGAUCAACGCCCUGCAGGCCGCCACCGAGGCCAGCUGCUUGAUCCUCGGCGUCGACGAGACCAUCAGAAACGAGGAGAGCGCUCAGCCCCAGGCGCCGGGCCAGCUUCCUCCCGGUGCGGCUCAGAGGGCGCUCAGAGGCAGAGGACGGGGCAUGCCUCGACGGUAG